CUUCAAGUAGGUCCUCAGCUGGCCAAACAACCUUUCCAGAUCCCCUUCCACCCCGAGGAGUUUUGUCCUCCUUCUCUGGAGUAUGUGUUGCCUCGUUUAGGACGAAGUCCUCUUUGUCAUUCGUGUACCCAUGCGAUGCCACAUGGAAUUCCCGCUCCACCUGAUCAUCGGCUUUGAAGGCGAAGGUGCCAUGCCAGCCUUUGGGGUCUUUGACAUGUUUGCCUUCGACGGUGGUAGUAUCGUGCAUGUCAGAUCUGAGUCAUGGUCUAGUUAGCACUCGACAAUAUAUAGUGUCUAUGGCCAAGAGGAGCAAGUUUUUGGUCUCGAGCUGUUGCAUAGGCCAGGGCGACCAGAGUUUUUUUUUGACUUGAACUGAUCGUGUUGCCGGCAUAGAAAAAGUAUCUGACAAAGUUGGCGCCCCCUCUAGUAGCCAUAUUUUCAAGAAGCAACAAUGUAGGAGCAGACACCACUAGCAAGAGUCCAAAUGUUUUAUAUUUUGAUUGUAGGGAUUAUGAAGAGAGGGCCAUCGCGCUCUUCUUAUAUUUUUAUCUUUACCCUGUAAAGAGCGGGGUAAAGUACUGGCCCUGUUCACCAUCCACCCAUCACCACUUCGACUUAUCAUGGCAUGUUACUCUAAAAGAACCGCUUCUUCUAUCCUUGUUUUCUGGGCAUCGAAGUCCCUUCAACUCUCGACUCCAUUGUCACGUCCACCAUCCAUUUGCCGCUCUCGGAAGGUUGAGUUGAGCUUCUCAUCUUCUUAUUCAUCAACGGUAAUGUCGCGCGGGGAAGAAGAUGGAAGGGAGCAUCGCUUCGCCUACAACUGGAUCGACGGUGCAGAGUCACUCGAAAGGUACAAACCUGGGGGUUAUCAUCCUAUCAUGAUUGGGGAUAUGCUACACGAGCGAUACCGCAUCGUGGACAAGCUGGGUUUCGGAGGCUAUUCAACUGUUUGGCUAGCCCAAGACACUCAUCUGAAGCGCUAUGUUGCUGUCAAAGUUGGCAUAGCAAACUCGCUUCCGCAUGAGACUAAGAUUCUGCGAGCUCUUUCCGCGCCACUACCGUUGUCUUCAUUCCUACAUCCAGGGCGCAAUUCAAUUCCUUUCAUCCUAGAUGAAUUCAAGCUACACGGUCCCAAUGGAACUCAUCCAUGCUACACAAUGACCCCCGCACGAUGCAAUCUCAGAGAGGUCUCUUUUAGCCGCCUGUUUCCUCUUGAAGUUACGCGGGCGCUGUCGGGUGGCCUCGCAGUAGCUAUUGCAUAUUUGCAUUCACGAGGCUAUGUCCAUGGAGAUAUCCACCUUCGCAACAUCUUAGUUAAACUCCCAUCAAGUUUCGAUCAGCUCUCGAUCGAACAGUUAUAUGAAGAAUAUGGCAAGCCUGAGACAGUCCCCAUUAUGGAGCGCAAUGGCAAAUCGCUUCCACCCAGUGUUCCAGCAAAGGCAGUGAUCCCACUCCGCCUUGGGAAAAAUGCAGAAGAAUUCUCACUGUCUGACGCGCGUGUGCUUCUUAGUGACUUUGGCGAGGCAUUUGCCCCAGCCUUGGAGGUUCGUCGCGGGGAAGACUGCCACACGCCGUUGGCUAUGCGGGCCCCAGAAGCCCGAUUCGAGCCGCAUGCCCCGCUGUCAUUUUCAGCAGACAUUUGGAGCCUGGCCAUAACAAUCUGGGAGAUUCUUGGCAUGAAGGCCAUUUUCAGUAGCGAAUUCGCGACUGUGGAUGACAUAAUCUCUCAGCAAAUUGAUGUGCUGGGACCAAUUCCCUCAAAGUGGUGGGAGCGAUGGGACGAACGGAGUCAAUUCUUCAACCAGGAUGGACGUCCGAAAGAACGCCGGGAUGUGUGGCCUCCAAUUGAUGAAGCAUUUGAGGAAGGCGUGCAGAAGUAUCGACGGAAGCGUCGAGUAGGUGAGUUUGGUCGGGAGGAAACGGUUGCUCUCCUAGAAUUGAUGCGUCAAAUGCUGGCAUUCCAGCCAGAAGAGCGACCAACAGCCGAAGAGGUCCUCAAGUCAGAGUGGAUGGUCAAGUGGGUGUUGCCUGAUUUUAAGCGCAGUUUGCAGAUAGGCCAAGCUCUCCAAGCAGGGUAGAAAAGGCCCAACAAUGCAAAAAGAAGUAUUAUUAGUAUCCAUAUCUAGAAGGCUAUAUAGCAGGCGGGAAGAGCAAGAAUCUAGUACCUAGUAGCCUAGCAGCUAGCGACACCCUAUCUACGCCUCUUUUUAGCUAGUCGACCUCUAUCAGUUUACACAGUGAACCAUGUAGUUAUCGAUUGACGUCCCACCGAGGCAUUUAAAUGAUCACGAUGCUUGGAUUGGAGGUAUCCGAAGUUACAUAUGUUCGUUUUUCUAGUGAUAACGUAAUCAACCACCCAACGCCCGCGUACACCCAACGCCCGCCCAAUCUUCAUUUUUUCAUCCAUCUUCAAACACUCACAACAUGCACCAUGAAGCAGUUAUACAAGCAGCAAUUGAUGAUUUGAACACACAAUUGAUUCCUAAUUAUACUGAGACUGCUAAAAAAUAUGGAAUCAGUCAAUAUACAUUAUCACAGUGUUAUAGAGGUGUUCAAACAUUAAGAAAGAAAACAAGCUCUAUUCACUGUAAA